ACUCACUCACUCACGAGAUACAAGAAGGAAAAUUGGGGUAAACUAUAAAUUUCCAAAAAUAAAAAGAAACAAGAAAAUCCAACUCUGUGGCCUUCCAAAAUUUCACAAGAUAAUAUGAUAUCCUACUCUCAUUAUUAUAACAUCAUUUUCUUCCUCCUCUUCUACACUUCCCAUUCCCCUCCCCUCUUUCAAAACUGUCCCCAUUUCCUGUCUUUCCAAACAGUUCUUUUCUUCCUUUUCUUUUCCUGUACUGUGCCAAUGGAAAGUGCUGCUGCAACAAGGCCACUUGGCAGCAGCAACCACACUUUUAGAAACCCACACAACAAUUCCCAUUCUGCUGCUUCUUCUUCCUCUUCUCGCCACCACCAUGGCAGCCUUUCACCAACUUCGGUUCUGGUCAUUGCAGUCUCAGCCAUCUCUGUGGUGGUGGUUCUGCUUGUGGUGGUAGCCAUUGUCCUGCUGAGGAAGCUGAGAGCUGAUCAUGUCAGCAGAGCAGCCAGCUUUAAGGAAAGCAAUGGGAGCAUCAGCAGCAGCAUUAAUCAUGUCGUCGUUCAUCGCAAUGGCAGUCAUCGAUUCGUGCCUCGUAGUUCCUCCACCGCCACCACCAUCAACUUCAACUCAAGCCCUGAUGUGGGAGGUGGAUGUCUGAGUACAAGCAACAUGGGACAUAAAACUCCAACCAGGCACAGGAGAGGAGUGGUUCAAGUGUUCACAUACAGAGAGCUCGAGACUGCAACAGGCAACUUCAAUGCAGGAAAUGUGAUUGGGAAUGGUGGAUAUGGCGUUGUGUACAGAGGGAUUCUCAGCGAUGGGACGGUGGCUGCAAUUAAGAUGCUCCAUAGAGAAGGGAAGCAUAGUGAACGUGCCUUCAGGAUAGAGGUGGAUCUGCUGAGCAGGCUUCAUUCAACUUACUUGGUUGAGUUACUGGGCUACUGUGCUGAUCAGCACCACAGGCUGCUGAUAUUUGAGUUCAUGCCCAAUGGAACCCUCCAGCAGCACCUCCAUCACAAGCAAUAUCAGCCGUUGAAUUGGGGGACCCGGCUUAGGAUAGCCCUCGAUUGCGCUAGGGCACUCGAGUUCCUCCAUGAACAUGCAGUCCCGGCAGUGAUCCACCGUGACUUCAAGUGCAGCAACAUACUGCUAGAUCAUAACUUCAGGGCCAAGGUCUCUGAUUUCGGGUUGGCCAAGACUGGUUCAGACAAGAUCAAUGGUCAGAUCUCGACCCGGGUUUUGGGGACCACUGGUUACCUUGCACCAGAGUAUGCUUCAACUGGUAAACUUACUACCAAAUCAGAUGUCUACAGCUAUGGAGUGGUUCUGUUGCAGCUCUUAACUGGGCGAAUACCGGUCGACAUCAAGAGGCCUCCAGGAGAGCAUGUUCUUGUUUCCUGGGUAGGUGAACUAACGAGCUCAGAAACACCAUUAGUUUGGGGCAAAAAUUCAUAUGGUUUGUUCACUAUUUUGACAGGCUCUUCCAAGAUUGACCAACAGAGAACAGGUGGCAGGAAUGGUUGACCCAGCAUUGGAAGGACAAUACUCAAAGAAGGAUUUGGUUCAGGUAGCUGCUAUUGCAGCAAUGUGUGUGCAACCAGAAGCAGAUUAUAGGCCCCUAAUGACAGAUGUUGUGCAGUCACUAAUCCCUCUAGUGAAAAACCUAUCUUCAGUUUCUUCAUCAGCAAGAUUCCAGAACCAGAUAAGCCCCAGGGAAGGAUCAAUGAUGUCUAAGAAGAACGAUGUGAGCCACAGAGCACUAUUUUUAUGCUAAUAAUAACGAGAGAAAGAUCUUCCGGAGAAGAACAAGAUGACCUCAAAUUCAUUCUUUCCUAGCUAAUUUUUCCAGAGAGAUUUAUGCAAGUUCACAAGAGUUCCUGAAGGGCUAAUGGGUUGAAUUUGGUACAUAAAGCUGUAAUCUUUUAUUCUCUUUCUUCCAAUACCAAUAUAAUUUUUUGUAAGAAUAACAAAAAGGAAAUUUCCUGCUGGGGUUCAAACAGAGAGAGAUUGUUCAUAGAGCAACUCUACAGGAAAACUGUUGCAUUCAACCUUCUUAUUUGUUACAAGAAAGAGUUAAAAAAAAAACUCAUUUCGUUUCUGUUUUUAGUUUUUUUAACAAAGUGCUUCUCAGCCAAUUAUACUUAAUAGUAAGCAUUUUCUUUUGCUUUCUGUUUUGUACCCGU